CUUUUAGGAACGGAGGGAGUAUCAUUUUGGACUGAACCAGAUGCAUCUGCAUCGAGAUACACCAUCAAGACUCACUUUCGUUUGGGUGAGAAUUUGAGAUGAGUUUUUAAAAAUUCAGCUGGGUGAUCCAUUUGGAUGUAGCAUUAUAAUGCACAAAACGAACAUCAAUUUGCAUCUUCACCUAGAUGGAUCACCUGGGUGAGCAAAGGAAGAGGGCCCAAGCUGCUUGGCUGAGAAACAAUAGAAGCGCUAUGGAGAAUCAUCUCACUGCGGUUGAAUCAAAGCAAAGUGAUGAAGAGAAAGAAGUAGAAGUAGGAGGAGAAGAAGGAGAAGAGUGUGUUGACUCAAGUCCAAAAACAAAGAUGAACACUGGAGUUAUGGUUUUGGCUUCACGUUUUGCAGCUAAUACAAGACGUGGUAUUGCAGCUCAGAGACCUCGGUUUAAGAAACCUGAAGAUCCUGAUUUCUCUGCUGAGCCUGAUGACUGACUGAUUUUUAAUAACCAGACAAGAAGCUGACUUAAUUUUUUUUAGUUACACAUGAGAUUGUUAUGAACUUAUGAUAAGUAGUACCUUACCAUUGUUAUGACAAGAAGGCCUCAUAAACAUCUUUUGUAAUCUACACUUAGAAAGUUUUUAUUUUUAAGGAACUUGUUCUAGUUA